AGCAACGAAAUGAGUGGCCGCGGAAAGACCGGAGGAAAAGCCAGAGCGAAGGCCAAGACCCGCUCCUCCAGAGCCGGACUCCAGUUCCCGGUGGGCCGCGUUCACAGGCUGCUGCGCAAGGGCAACUACGGAGAGCGGGUCGGUGCCGGAGCCCCCGUCUACCUGGCCGCUGUGCUCGAGUAUCUGACCGCUGAGAUCCUGGAGCUGGCUGGGAACGCCGCCCGCGACAACAAGAAGACCCGCAUCAUCCCCCGUCACCUGCAGCUGGCCGUCCGCAACGACGAGGAGCUCAACAAGCUGCUGGGUGGAGUCACCAUCGCUCAGGGUGGAGUGCUGCCCAACAUCCAGGCGGUGCUGCUGCCCAAGAAGACCGAGAAGGCCGCCAAGGCCAAGUAAACCUGCUGCUGCUGCUGUUGCUCAGCAACAAACACACAACGGCUCUUUUAAGAGCCACACACUUUACUGUAAGA